AUGGAGGAGGAGCUCGAACGAGGAUAUCGCUCCGGCGAGAUUGAGUGUGAGGCAGAUGGCGGUCUAAGGGAAGUUUCCCGGACGACGGCAGCGUCUGGCCCCCCAUCACCGACGAGGACGACGAGUGAGAGUGUUGCUCGCGGUCGUCGGACGAACGUGGAAACUUCCGCGAACGGACGGCGCCGCGCCCGGACACUCUCUCUGCCGAGACGACGGAUCGAGCCGCCGAUCCCCCUGGCAAAGGAGGAACUUGCCGCCGUCAUGGCCGUGCUGAAUCCCGACGAGUGCUGCAUCGCCACGCAACUUGCCACGACAGCUGCCGCGCCAGCAGUCGCACCAGCCGUGGUGGCUACUGAAGCUGCCACGCCCUCACCAACGUCCAGGCUGGCAACACCUGACGAGCCUGCCGAGGUCGAGAAAACCUCACGGAAGCGCCCAGCCGCGGCCGUAGAGGACACUCCCUCCCCCCAGGCAAGUUCCGGUCGCGCCAGGCGGAAGAAGAGGAGGGUACGCCGCAGGACGAUGACCGCAUCGCCGAGGAAGCCGGAUGAAGAAGGCUUCAUCGCGCCCUUCCGGCGCCACACAGCGAAACCCAGGUCGUUUGGACCGGUGACGCCAGAACAGGUCGAGGCUGCAAACCGGUUUGCAGAUCUACCUGAAGUAGCCGAGACCGACGGGGACGGGACAACACCGACUACGGCGACGAAACAGCCCCGCCGCCCUCCGCUAAUUACCAUCCUUUGGAGGAAGGGGUACAGCGAGCUCAGAGAGAAGCUGUACUCCAUGGCAAAACCGCUGAAGAUAUCUGCGGGGACCGAUAUUUACAAGAGCGGGAAACGCGCCAGCCGCGUAAACCCGAGCCGCAGCUUCGCGGACGUUGCUAAGGGGAAGCCGGCCAUCCCCUCCGAGAGGCCACGGCCGCUCGCGGGGGAGGCCGCACCGGCACCGCAGCCAACGCAGCUGCCCUCGCCUGCGGCGCCGCCUGCAGUCGGGGAGGCCGGCUUACCGGCGCCCACAGCUGUAGGAGGGGUUGCCGCCCGCGCAGGGCGUUCCCAGCACGCCGCUCCGCUGCCGACUACGGGAAACGUCGCGAAGGAAUCAAACCUUCCCGAAACCUCGAAGGAAGACACCACCGAGCUGGCCGCGCUCCUGCGGUCGCUCAACCAGCUGAUGACGCAGCUACCAGUCCUCGUGGGAGCAGUGACGGCGGCCCUCCAGGCCACCGCCGGGAGAAGCCAGCCCUAA